AUGCAUAUCGUGGCUGCGAUAUUCCAACUAAGAACUAGUAGACUAUUAUUAGCAGACGUCGAUGCGCAACCUGAACCAGUACGUGAGUUAGAAUCCAACUUCCCAAAAAAUAAGGAGCGAACCCCAGAAUACCCAAGUGAUGUUGUAGCUGUGCAUCCAGAAUCCCCGUCAAAAUAUGAGUACAAAGGAAUUUCAUUACAGGAUGGAAAAAAUUUAAGCUAUUCUGAUGAUAAUCAUAUAUUAGAAGAAAAUAAGAAAGAACAACUAUUAAAAUGUGUGCAAGAUGAACAAGAAGUAGAAACGAAUCAGGAACAGCUCAAUCCUCCACAACAGGAAAUAACGAACGUCAAAAUGAUUAAUGCAGCAGAUCAUAAAAAGAAUUUUGGACAGGUUUUAAAGGACAUUAAAACAAUGAAGGUGAAAGCGUUGAAUGCAGAAAUAACCAAUGUAAUGGAAUAUAAAAAAAGGAUAGAUAAAGAACUUGAAAAAAUUAAUAUGAUGUUGGAAAAAUUCAAGGAACAGAAAAUAAUGAACGCAGAAGUGCGUAAAAUGAAGGACCGUCAAAAGGCCUUAAGGGGAACUAGUUAUUUUAUCAAGAAAAAGUGCAGCGCUGAUGUGCCCUCUGGUGUAGACAGUAUGGAGGGCAUUACAGAAACGGAAGGAGUCGUACUUAACCCUGUCCGAAUGAUAGACUCUCGAAUAGAAAAAACACUAUUUAGAACGUUCAAUUACAUAGAUGAAUGUGAACACAAUCCCAAUAUUACCAAAACUCAAUAUAGGCUCUUGAAAAUUAAGAAAUAUGGCAGCAUACUUGCCUUACCAUUUCUAAUCGCAUUAUCCUCACUUGGAUUUUACGCGGAUGUAAGUUUGCAUUGGGUGAUCUUUGUAUUUUGCGCCUUGAGCUUUAUAAUAUUCUUUUACAUCCUUGUAAAGACCUUAAAAUAUGACCUGAAAUCUCACGGUAUACGUAAGCCCCUUUUCAUGGAUUACGUAAGAAGCUUCAAAAGGUGUAUAAAAUGA